GGUAUCAAAGUGGAUUCCGUGCGCUCCUCAAGAACACACAUGGGCAAGUCAAUCAGUCCUGAUCUCAACCACGCGAUGAAAGACCAAGGUACUAUAGCCAACGCACCUGACAUCCCACAAUUAGGGCUGAGAUUGCCCAGUACCAAGCAAACUAGUUCGUUGGCGGUGACAGCCGGGUAUCACACACGAUGCCAGGUGCACCAGCAUCUCGGUGUCCAUUAG